AGAAGAAGUGCUACCGUGAGACCCUUUCUGUGUAUUUCCUGAAAUUAAGCCUAAUAAGUAAAGGGGGUAUAUUUGUGUACGAAAGAGAGAUGAAAGUGGAGCGUUCAUAACUUGCUGUGUUUGUGCUCCUCCUCUCUUUGACUCAUAAAGACACACAGAACCAGGAAAUAACUAUGUAUUUCAGAGACGACAAAACUGAUAGCAGAUUCUUUCUCUCUCCCUCUCUCUGUCUCUCUCUCUCUCACAUAGUGUGUGAGUGCAGGAAAAUGACCGAGGCCAGUAUUUCAGUAGAUCAGGAUCAGUUCAGCUGUCCAGUGUGUCUGGAUCUACUGAAGGAUCCGGUGACGAUCCCCUGUGGUCACAGUUUCUGUAAGGUGUGUAUUAAUGGCUUCUGGGAUCAGGAGGCUCAGAAGGGUGUCUACAGCUGUCCUCAGUGCAGAGACACUUUCACUCCGAGGCCUGUUCUACACAGAAACAACAUGCUGGCUGAAGUGGUGGAGAAACUGAAGAAGACUGAAGUCCAAGCUGCUUCUCCUGCUCACUGUUACUCUGGACUUGGAGAUGUGGAGUGUGAUUUCUGCACCGUGAGAAAACGCAAAGCCGUCAAGUCCUGUCUGAUGUGUCUGGCCUCCUUUUGUGAAACUCAUCUGAAACCUCACUAUCAGUCUCCUGCAUUUAAGAUACACACGUUAAUCGAAGCUUCUGCAGAACUACGGGAGAAGAUCUGCUCUGAACAUGAUGAAGUGCUGAAGAUCUACUGCCGGACCGACCAAAUAUGUAUCUGCUCUUUGUGCAUGUUGGAUAAGCAUAAAGGACACGAUGCUGUAUUAGUUGCAGCAGGAAGAUCUGAGAAACAGAGUGAGUUAAAGGAGGAGCAGAUGAAAUCCCAGCAGAGAAUCCAGGAGAAGCAGAAGAAGGUGCAGGAGCUGAAACAGACUGUGAACACUAUAAAGCUCAGUGCACAGACAGCAGUGGAGGACAGUGAGAUAAUCUUUACUGAGAUGAUCAGCUCCAUGGAGAAAAGGCGCUCGGAGGUGACGGAGCUGAUCAGAGCUCAGGAGAAGGCUGAACUGAGUCGAGCUGAACGACUCCUGGAGCAACUGGAGCAGGAGAUCGCUGAUCUUCAGAGGAGAGUCACUGAGCUGGAGCAGCUUUCACACACACACGAUCACCUCCACUUCCUCCAGGCUUUAGCGUCUGGACGUCGGUCUCCUCCGUUAGACAGAGCAGAGUUUCAGACAUCCGGCAUCACUGACCGUCAACAUCUCUCGUUUGAUGGAGUGAGGAAUUCUCUCUCGGACCUGAAGAAGAGACUCGAGGAAUUCUGUGAGGAGGAAUUCAACAAACUCCUUCCACAGGAUGCAGCAGUUCAGAUCAUUUCACCAUCAGAACCACAGACCAGAGAAGACUUUCUGAAAUGUUUCUGUUAUCUGACUCUGGAUCCCAACACAGCAUAUCGCUACCUCAUUCUGUCUGAUAAGAACAGAUUGUUGACAGCCCAUGGAACAGAGCAGAAGUACUCUGAUCGUCCAGAAAGAUUUUCGCACUUUCCUCAGGUGUUGAGUAAGGAGAGCGUGUGUGGACGCUGUUACUGGGAGGUGGAGUGGAGAAGUCACGGACAUGUGGCCAUAUCGGUCUCAUAUAAAGACAUCAGCAGGAAAGGACGGGGUAACAAGUGCGAGUUUGGACUCAACGAUCAGUCCUGGAGUCUGCGGUGUUCUUCUUCUUCUCACUCUUUCUAUCACAACAACAUUAAGACUGAUCUCGGAGUUCCAUCGUCCUCCAGAAUAGGAGUGUAUGUGGAUCACAGUGCAGGAACUCUGUCCUUCUACAGCGUCUCUGACACGAUGAAGCUCCUCCACAGAGUCCACACCACAUUCACUCAGCCCUUAUACGCUGGGUUCCGGAUUUAUGGGGGAUUUUAUUCUGUAAAAGUAAGGUUGUGUGAUCCAAUAUAAUGUGUUUGUGACAUACGAACUACAUUAUACUCUGUAUUUAAUGCAGUGGUACAGCAGGUACCGUCGCCACCUCACAGCUCCGAUCCUGAGCUCGGGUUACUGUCUGUGCCGAGUUUUGCAUGUUCUUCCCGGGUUCUCCGGUUUCCAUCCGCCUACCGAAAAUGUGCCAGUAGGUGAACUGACAAAGCUAAAUUUGCCCCUAAGAGUCAAAGAAUGUGUGUGUGGUCCUGUACUGUACAUGAAGGAAUAAAUAAUGUGUAUUAAGUGAAUUUUUAUAUUAAAGUAGCAUUAUGUAAAUAAAUAAAUAACUGU